UCAUGGACGCUGUCGAAUUUUUCGGUGUUUGUGUGAAAUAUUAUGUGGCCUCUUGGCUUGCUGGGAUCACAGUUGUGUUUGCGUUGGCCUUUGCAGUUCGUUUCAGUAACCAUGGCAGCAAGUUCAACUAUUACGUGAAAUACAUUUUGAUAUUUUUCGGACUGCAAAUGUUUACACUGCUUUGUAUGCCGAUUUCGAUGCUCUGGGCCAGAAAACCGAGUAAUCCAAGAACACAGGCCACAAUCCUUUCGUACGGAACUCUGUUGCUUCCGAUAACCUGGGAGUUGAGAAAUGGGGACAUCCUCAGGGACGCUAAAGGGGCAAUCGUUAUGGUUAACCAUCAAUCGUUUCUCGAUAUACUGGGCCUUUUCGUGAUAUGGAACACGCUGAAGGAUCUGCUGACGAUCGCCAAGCGUGAAAUCCUCUAUCUGGUUCCGUUUGGUCCGGCGGCUUGGCUGGCGGGAGUGGUCUUCAUCAAUCGUAAGAAUCCGGCCUCGGCGAUCGCCACCAUGAACAGCUGCAAGAAGCGCAUGAUCGAGGAGGGCUUCAAGAUGUACACUGCCGUGUACAUGUAUCCGGAGGGCACCCGACAUCCUGGUCGGGGAAUGCUCCCGUUUAAGAAGGGUGGCUUCCACACGGCUAUCGAAACGGGACUGCCCGUAAUUCCGAUCGUCUACUCGCCGAUGUACUUCAUCGACGAUAAGAAGCGCAUGUUCAAGCCGGGUCACGUGAUCGCAACGGUGCUAGAUCCGAUACCGACCAAGGGACUGACGAAGGACGACGUGGACGAUCUGGUGGAACGGACGAGAAACGCUAUGCUGGCGGAGUAUGAGAAGCUUUGCGCAGAGAUCGAUACCAAUCUGAAAAAUCCCGCAUGGGUGAAUCAGAAACGUCCCCGGUUGAUGAUAGUUGAUAGUAAAAAGACGUAUUAAGAGAUUAAA